GGCAGCGCGCGCCGCUCGUUACCAUGUCAUUAGCAUAUGACGCGGGAAGGCGGAAGCGGCGGCGGGAUGGGGCGGUGCGGGGCUGCCCUGCGCCUGGCCCUGGAGGGGAACAUCGCCGUGGGCAAAUCGACCUUCCUGAAGCUGCUGGGGGCCACCUUCCCCCAGUGGCACUUGGUGACCGAACCCGUGGCCCAGUGGCGCAAGGUGCCGGCCGGCGGUGGCUCGGCGGAGGUGGCCGUGGGCUCCACCAACCUCCUCCAGAUGAUGUACCAGGAGCCGGCCCGAUGGUCCUACACCUUCCAGACCUUCUCCUGCAUCAGCCGCCUGAAGGCCAUGCUGCAGCCGCCCCCCGCGACCCCCCACCCCGUGCGGGUCUUCGAGCGCUCCCCCUACAGCGACCGGUACGUCUUUGCCAAGAACCUCUUUGAGGCCGGGCACCUGCAGCCGCUGGAGUGGGCCAUUUACCAGGACUGGCACGGCUUCCUCCUGCGGCAGCUGGGCCCCCGCGCCGCCCUCCACGGCUUCCUCUACCUGCGGGCCACGCCGCAGACGUGCCUGGAGCGGCUGCGGCGGAGGGCGCGGAGCGAGGAGGGGGGGAUCCGGCUGGGGUACCUGCAGCAGCUCCAUGCCCAGCACGAGCGCUGGCUGGUGGAGAAGACCACGGAGGUCCACUUUGCAGACGUGAAGCACGCUCCCGUCCUGGUGCUGGAUGUGGACAAGGACUUUGAGCACGACGCGGCCGUGCAGGGCGUCCUCAUGGCACAGGUGGAGGCUUUUGCGACGGCGCUGCGAGCCGAAGCGCUGCCAUCGCACCCCAACCCUCGCUGAGCGGCGGCGGCGGCAGCACCGUCCCUGCCCACCGGUACCCGGAGCCGGGACAGGCGCAUCAACCCCCGUCAGCUCCGGCCGAAAAUCCUGACGCUGAGGACAAGGGACACGUCCCGGUCCCCAACCGUCCCCCUCGGCCCUUUUAUUUUGGGCGAGGGGUGUGUUGAAGGCGCUGACGGCGCGGGAUGCUUUUAAGGGGAACGAGCGGAGGCGCAGCCGUGGGAUGAGCUUGGGGACGGCGUGACGCGCUCCCCGCGCGCUGGGGGGACCCGGUCCCUACCGUCGCCCCCUCCCCAUCUCUGGGCUCCCCAACCCGGGGCGCCGGAGCCGGGGAUGCUCCGUAAGGUGGAUUUAUUGCUCUGGUUAAAUUCCAACGGCAAAUCGUCGUGUUUAAGUUACACCAACCCCCGUAUUUUAUUAUUUAUGUAGAUGUAUUUUUUUCCCUUAAAUUAAAACCCAAGCGAUGUCGA